AUGUCGAAUAGCUUGUUACUGCUUGUAUUUCUUUCGAUCACAGAAAUUGUUCAUGAAACGAUUGCAUUACAUAAACAGAAUUCACUUCGUGCAGAUCUUAUAAAAACAGGUUCAUUGGAAUCAUACAAUAAACUGCUCAAUUUUCAAAUUCAACGGAAAAAAACUCAACGUAAAAUCGGAUUAGAUUUCGGUUUAGCUUCAAGGCCAAGAACGAUAAGCGAAACUGAUGAAAUACUAAAGAACUAUAUGGAUGCUCAGUAUUAUGGUCAAAUUUCGAUUGGUACACCAGCCCAGAAUUUCAGUGUUGUUUUUGAUGCUGGUUCAUCAAAUCUUUGGAUACCAUUCGUAAAAUGUCGUUUUUCGAAUAUUGCUUGUUGUAAGCUUAAUCUUUUCGCUAGCCUCAUUAAUCAAAACUCUUAUUGUGGCUGUGUUUCCAAAGCACAGAAAUUGGCAAUUAAUUUGCAUAUUUUGCAUGAUAUUCGGCAAUUCUAA